CAAAGACAUCAAAGAAAUCUUUUCCUUUGACUGUAGACAUAUUUUUUCUUAAUAAAUUGAAAGCUUCCUUAAUUCCUAUUAUUAAGUUAGUCGAAGAGGAACAGCGAUUUGCUGUUUCUAUGAUUUCUUCAGUGCUCAAUCCAGGAUGCAUACAAGACAACCAGUACUUAAAAAGCACUUAUAUACUUGU